AUGUCAAAUUGGGAGAAAAAAUUUGAAAAUUUUGAACCAAUUACACUCUGGGAAAAAUAUACAAAUAGAAGAAUACGAAAACUUAAGUUGAAUGAAUAUCGGCUUGUAAAGAUUAACUUUAAGUUAUAUCUUGAAGUUAAAAUAUAUAAAUCUGAAAUUAUAUUUCUUACAGAUUUAAAGCAUUUUUAUUUAAUUCAAAACUACACCUGGCAUUUUAGUAAUCAAUAUAUCGAAUCAAAAAAUAAGAAAAAAAAUAUAAAAUUUCAUCAACUAAUGAAACCAAAUUGGAAUAUGAUUGAUCAUAUAAAUAGAUGUAAAUUUGAUAAUCGUGAAUGUAAUUUACAAGAAACAACUAAACAACAAAAUGCUUUAAAUUGUAAAUUAAGAAAGAAUAAUACUUCUGGAUUUAAUAGAAUUUUUAAAGUA